AUGUCCUUCACGUUUGCCUCUCCUUCAAACGUGUACUAUACUGAAGCUGAGGUGAAACAAGUAGAUGUUCCUGGUAUAACCUCUAUGAUGGGUAUAUUUGCUAAUCAUGUACCCUGUCUGUCAGUUUUAAAACCAGGAGUAGUUACUGUCACAGAAAGUGAUAGUGUAGUCAAAAGGUUCUUCGUAAGCAGUGGAUCAGUUACUAUCAAUGAUGAUUCCUCAGUACAAGUUUUAGCAGAAGAGGCCCACCCCUUAGAAAAUUUUGAUGCAGGGGCUGUACGAGAUGGUUUAGCCAAGGCACAAUCAGCAAUGUCUUCAGCAUCCACAGAACAACAAAAAGCAGAAGCCCAGAUCGCUGUGGAGUGUUAUGAAGCUUUAUCUAAAGCAAUUUAA